AUGGGAGCAGACGGGGAAACAGUGGUCCUAAAGAACAUGCUCAUUGGUGUCAACCUGAUCCUGCUGGGCUCCAUGCUCAAACCCUCAGAGUGUCAGUUGGAGGUGACCACAGAAAGGGUCCAGAGACAGGCAGUGGAGGAGGAAGGAGGAGUUUCCAACUACAACACAUCCAGCAAAGAGCAGCUGGUCUUCAACCAUGUGUACAACAUUAAUGUGCCCCCGGACAGCCUCUGCUCCUCAGGGCUGGAAGCCUCUGCUGAGCAGGAGGUGAGUGCUGAAGAUGACACUCUGACAGAGUAUACAGGCCAGACUUCAGACCACAAGAGCCAGGUCACCUUCACCCACAGGAUCAAUCUCCCCAAAAAGGCCUGCCCGUGUGCAGGCUCCACGCAGGUGCUGCAGGAGCUGCUGAGCCGGAUCGAAAUGCUGGAGAAGGAAGUGUCCCUGCUGCGAGACCAAUGCAACACCAACUGCUGCCAGGAGAGUGCUGCCACAGGACAACUGGACUAUAUCCCUCACUGCAGCGGCCACGGCAACUUUAGCCUCGAGUCCUGUGGCUGCAUCUGCAAUGAAGGCUGGUUUGGCAAGAACUGCUCAGAACCCUACUGCCCACUAGGCUGCUCCAGUCGGGGUGUGUGUGUUGAUGGCCAGUGCAUCUGUGACAGUGACUACAGCGGGGACGACUGCUCUGAACUCCGGUGCCCAACAGACUGCAGUUCCAGGGGGCUCUGCGUGGAUGGGGAGUGUGUCUGUGGACCCUACACAGGCGAGGACUGCAGGGAGCUGAGGUGUCCGGGGGACUGCUCAGGGAAGGGGAGAUGUGCCAAUGGUACCUGCCUGUGCCAGAAGGGAUAUGCUGGUGAGGACUGCGGCCAACGGCAGUGUCUGAAUGCCUGCAGUGGACGAGGAUACUGCCAGGAAGGGCUCUGCAUCUGUGAGGAGGGCUACCAGGGUCCAGACUGCUCAGCAGUUGCCCCUCCAGAGGACUUGCGAGUGGCUGGUAUCAGCGACAGGUCCAUUGAGCUGGAAUGGGACGGGCCGAUGGCAGUGACGGAAUAUGUGAUCUCUUACCAGCCGACGGCCCUGGGGGGCCUCCAGCUCCAGCAGCGGGUGCCUGGAGAUUGGAGUGGUGUCACCAUCACGGAGCUGGAGCCAGGUCUCACCUACAACAUCAGCGUCUACGCUGUCAUUAGCAACAUCCUCAGCCUUCCCAUCACUGCCAAGGUGGCCACCCAUCUCUCUACUCCUCAAGGGCUACAGUUCAAGACGAUCACAGAGACCACCGUGGAGGUGCAGUGGGAACCUUUCUCAUUCUCCUUCGAUGGGUGGGAGAUCAGCUUCAUUCCAAAGAACAAUGAAGGAGGGGUGAUUGCUCAGCUCCCCAGUGAUGUUACAUCCUUUAACCAGACGGGUCUAAAGCCUGGGGAAGAGUACAUUGUCAACGUGGUGGCACUGAAGGAACAAGCUCGGAGCCCCCCCACCUCAGCCAGCGUCUCUACUGUCAUUGACGGGCCCACACAGAUCCUGGUUCGAGAUGUCUCUGACACCGUGGCCUUUGUGGAGUGGAUCCCACCUCGAGCCAAAGUUGACUUCAUUCUCUUGAAAUAUGGCUUGGUGGGUGGGGAAGGUGGGAAGACAACGUUCCGGCUACAGCCUCCCUUGAGCCAAUACUCAGUACAGGCCCUGAGGCCGGGCUCCCGCUAUGAGGUGUCGGUCAGCGCUGUCCGAGGGACUAAUGAGAGUGAUGCCACAGCUACCCAAUUUACAACAGAAAUUGAUGCCCCCAAGAAUUUGCGAGUUGGUUCCCGCACAGCAACCAGCCUUGAUCUUGAGUGGGAUAACAGCGAGGCAGAGGCUCAGGAGUAUAAGCUUGUGUACAGCACACUGGCCGGUGAGCAAUACCACGAAGUGCUGGUCCCCAAGGGCAUCGGUCCAACCACCAGGGCCACUCUCACAGAUUUGGUACCUGGCACUGAGUAUGGAGUUGGAAUAUCUGCUGUCAUGAACUCACAACAAAGUGUGCCAGCCACCAUGAAUGCCAGGACUGAACUCGAUAGUCCCCGAGACCUCAUGGUGACAGCCUCCUCGGAAACCUCCAUCUCCCUCAUCUGGACCGAGGCCAGUGGCCCUAUUGACCACUACCGAAUUACCUUUACCCCAUCCUCUGGGAUUGCUUCUGAAGUCACUGUGCCCAAGGACAGGACUUCAUACACACUGACAGAUCUAGAGCCUGGAGCAGAGUACAUCAUUUCCAUCAUUGCUGAGAGAGGUCGACAGCAGAGCCUGGAAUCCACUGUGGAUGCCUUCACAGGCUUCCGCCCUAUCUCGCAUUUGCACUUUUCUCAUGUGACCUCCUCCAGUGUCAAUAUCACCUGGAGUGACCCAUCUCCUCCAGCAGACAGACUCAUUCUGAACUACAGCCCCAGGGAUGAAGAGGAAGAGAUGACAGAGGUCUCCUUAGAUGCUACCAAGAGGCAUGCUGUCCUGACAGAUCUGCAGCCAGCCACCGAGUAUAUAGUGAACCUGGUGGCUAUUCAUGGCACAGUGACCUCUGAGCCCAUCAUGGGCUCUAUCACCACAGGAAUUGAUCCCCCCAAAGACAUCACCAUUAGCAAUGUGACCAAGGACUCAGUGAUGGUCUCCUGGAGCCCUCCUGUUGCAUCUUUUGAUUACUACCGAGUAUCAUAUCGGCCCACCCAAGUGGGACGGCUGGACAGCUCAGUAGUGCCCAACACUGUGACAGAAUUCACCAUCACCAGGCUGUACCCAGCUACUGAAUAUGAAAUCAGCCUCAACAGUGUGCGUGGCAGGGAGGAGAGCGAGCGCAUCUGCACCCUUGUGCACACAGCCAUGGGUAACCCUGUGAAUCUGACUGCUACCAAUAUCACUCCCACGGAAGCCCUGCUGCAGUGGAAGGCUCCAACGGGAGAAGUGGAGAACUACGUCAUUGUUCUCACACACUUUGCAGUUGCUGGAGAAACCAUCCUCGUUGAUGGAGUCAGUGAGGAAUUCCAGCUUGUUGACCUGCUUCCGAGCACCCACUAUACCGUCACCAUGUAUGCCACUAGUGGUCCUCUUACCAGUGGCACCAUCAGCACCAACUUCUCUACCCUCUUGGACCCCCCUGCCAACCUGACGGCUAGUGAAGUCACCAGACAAAGUGCAUUGAUCUCCUGGCAGCCUCCCAGGGCAGACAUUGAGAACUACGUCUUGACAUACAAAUCCGCCGACGGAAGCCGCAAAGAGCUGAUCGUGGAUGCAGAGGACACCUGGAUCCGAUUAGAGGGACUGCUAGAGAACACAGACUACACGGUGCUCCUGCAGGCAGCUCAGGAUGCUAUGCGGAGCAGGCUCACCUCCACUGCCUUCACCACAGGAGGCCAGCUGUUCUCUCAUCCUCAAGACUGUGCUCAGCAUUUGAUGAAUGGAGACACUCUGAGUGGGGUUUAUACCAUCUUCCUCAAUGGAGAGCUAAGCCAGAAGUUGCAGGUGUACUGUGACAUGACCACAGAUGGGGGUGGCUGGAUUGUAUUCCAGAGGCGGCAGAAUGGCCAAACUGAUUUUUUCCGAAAAUGGGCUGAUUACCGCAUUGGCUUUGGGAACCUGGAAGAUGAGUUUUGGCUAGGGCUGGACAACAUACACAGGAUCACCUCCCAGGGCCGCUAUGAGCUUCGUGUGGAUAUGCGGGAUGGACAAGAGGUGGCCUUUGCCUACUAUGACAAGUUCUCUGUGGAGGACAGCAGAAGCCUGUACAAACUCCGCAUAGGAAGCUACAACGGCACUGCAGGAGACUCUCUCAGCUAUCACCAGGGGCGGCCUUUCUCCACAGAGGAUAGAGACAAUGAUGUUGCUGUCACCAACUGUGCCAUGUCAUACAAGGGUGCUUGGUGGUAUAAGAACUGCCACCGGACCAACCUCAAUGGGAAGUACGGGGAAUCCAGGCACAGUCAGGGGAUCAACUGGUACCAUUGGAAAGGCCACGAGUUCUCCAUCCCCUUUGUGGAAAUGAAGAUGCGGCCCUACAACCACCGUCUCUCAGCGGGGAGGAAACGGCGGGCCUUACAAUUCUGA